CACGAGGGAGGGAGGCCAAGACGAGGGAGCCCCGCCGCUUGUUUCUGCCCAGGGCACUCCACUCCCCUCCCCUCCACGCUCCCUGCUCUGUUCGGUGCCUCUGCCUCGGCUAUAUAUACGCGGGCGCACCAGUCCAGCAAGCAACAAUAAAGGCGGGUGUCGAAGAGGCCGGGUAGGAGGAGGAGAGCUUUGGACCGAGCGAGAGAGCGAGAGGAAUUAAUGGGUGAGGAGGCCAGCUGCAACGCCGUCAGCGCGAUGGAGGCCGCCACCAACGCCAAGCCGGCGGCCAAGGAGAACGGCUGCGCGGCCGCCGUGGCCCAGGAGGAGGCGGCCCCCGUGGCCGCGGCCGACCCCCGGCUGCAGGGCAUCUCCGACGCCAUCCGCGUCGUGCCGCACUUCCCCAAGCAAGGCAUCAUGUUCAACGACAUCACCACGCUGCUGCUGCGCCCCGGGGUGUUCAAGGACGCCGUCGACCUGUUCGUCGAGCGCUACCGUGGGAUGCGCAUCGACGCCGUCGCCGGGAUUGAGGCCAGGGGCUUCAUAUUUGGCCCAGCAAUUGCGUUGGCUAUUGGCGCCAAGUUCAUACCGCUGCGCAAGCCUAGGAAGCUCCCAGGUGAGGUGAUCUCUGAGAAGUAUGUUCUCGAGUACGGGACUGAUUGCUUAGAGAUGCAUGUUGGAGCUAUCGAACGGCCUGGUGAGCGUGUGCUGAUCAUCGAUGACUUGGUUGCAACCGGAGGGACACUUUGUGCUGCAAUUAGGCUUCUUGAACGUGCUGAAGCUGAUGUUGUCGAGUGUGCAUGUCUCAUUGGGCUCCCAAAAUUCAAGGAUUUCUACAAGUUGAAUGGAAAGCCUGUAUACGUGCUGGUUGAGUCCCGUGAAUCAGAUAAAUAAGAGCUUAUGGUCAGAGGAAAACUGGUGCCUGGUGGGUUAAUUCGUUGCUACUGCGGUUGAACAGUGGAGGGUCAUCGACAAGACAACUAAGGCUAGCUGCUAAAAGUCUUGGUGGGCGGGGAGAGAUUAGAGUGUUGAGAGUGUAGUCUUGUAGGCUGAGUAGUUUUUCAGAGUACUGAAGAGCGUGUAGUUCUGUCCGGAACAUGGUUAAUUAGUUGAGUGUUGCUGUUCCGUUGCUUGUUGAAUUUUGUGGUUUUUGUU